GUGCUCUUCGAUAUUGGAAAAUGUUCAGCGUGUCUUCUGUUGUGGUGGAUUAUAUUACAGGCGUAUCGAAUAAACCUUUUCUUUGUCAACGUGUUCUUGGAACUAUGGCUAUCAAGUAUCAAGGAUACGCUAUCAGGCUAAUCUAAUGCUCUAUUCUGAAGACCGUGUUUGAAGCAGGCGUCGAAAUGGCGACAAACGUAACAACAACUAGCAAUGAACCGAUGGAACCAAGUGCACUAGCCGUUUUUGGAGGCUGGUUUACAUCCAUACAUGGAUAUUCAAGCCUUACCGUGUGUUUCUUUGGAAUACCUACCAAUCUCAUCAACAUAACAGUAUUAUCGCGGAAGGAUAUGCGUAACCCAACAAACGCCCUACUUUGUUGGUUGGCAGUGGCAGACUUGUUGACAAUGGUUCCUUACGUACCUUUUGUGAUUCACUUCUACUGUGCCUUUGACCCUCACGACUAUUCUGCGGAAAAGUUUACAUUUCCCUGGGCAGUAUAUAUGCUCUUUCUCAUCAACUUUGUUGCAACGACUCAUACGAUAUCAAAUUGGCUAGGUGUCUCAUUGGCCGUGUUCAGAUUUGUUCAACUACGCUCUACUACAAAAGGUGCUGUCGCAAAAAGACGACUGUAUCGCACAAUACUGAAAGUGAUUGCAGGAAUAUAUGUAUGUUCAUGUCUUGUGCUAGUACCAAAUUAUAUGACGAACAGAAUCGUGGAAUAUACUGACGUUGACACAAACAAAACGUCGUACUUUAUCGAAGACAUAAAAUUGGGCACAAACGACACAAAACCGAUUGUGCUUGUUAAUGUGUUAACAUAUUCAAUAUUGACAAAAAUUGUUCCAUGCAUUUUGAUGACAGUGUUUAGCGGAAGCCUUUUAAUAAGCCUCAACCUCAGUGGCCGCCAAAGACGUCGACGUCUUUCGGUAACGUCACACAACAUUCGACGCGAAAAUAAACAGGCGAAAACCACACGAAUGCUACUAGUUGUGAUUAUCUUGUUUUUGGUGACAGAAUUUCCACAUGGUUUGCUUAUUCUCAUUAGUGCAGUCGUUCCAAACUUUUACCACACCGUCUAUUCACCUCUUGGUGAUCUGAUGGACCUCGUUGCUUUGAUUAACAACGCUAUAAACUUUCUCCUUUACUGUAUCAUGAGCACCCAGUUUCGAACAAAGUUCUUGCAAAUGUACUUCAAUAAACAAGCGUCAUCUAAAGACAAAGAAAGAACCCAACUUACAACAUCCUUGAAAACAACAUUCUCAGCAAUUUGACGUAACAAAACCUAUUAUAGAUGAUUACUAUCAAUAAAAGGCGUUUGAAACAUCACUCUUUAAAACAUGAUAUAACACUAUGAGUAGCAUGUUCAUUAUUAAUAUAGUCCCAUAAACAGAGACUUAAUUUCAUCGUAUAGAGACCCUGCGCUUAAGUGCGUUGUCAACAACUUUACACUAUUAUUUUAUCUGCUGAAACUAUACCCACGACUUUCGUAGCUGCCUGGUAAUUCAUAUCGAAAUGGCGAAUGAAAAACAUUUUAAGUUUAUACUUUACUAUCAUGAUUAGUUUCGAAAUCAAGUUACAAAUACUCCCUGAAUAUUUUGUUCUUAACUCGUGUUGUUGAUACUGCAUUAUCAUAUUCCAUAGAUGUUUCAUUCCAUGUGAGAAUGUUAUUGUAAUUAUAUUAGACGUGUUAAAGUUGUUUUUGCCAUUAAAUAAUAA